GGCCAAGUGUCGUCCUCGAUACAUUGGAAACAGACAACUGCAAAAACCGCACCUCGUCCAGUUGUGUCAAGCACCUCCAGUUGUGUUAAUUCUCUUUCUCGAGAGCAUCGGUUGCUCCUAUGCGCUGGCGCUGUGGUCGCGCACAAAGUUUUUAUAUCCUCAGCGCUUCGACGUGAAAUGCCAUGCGAGCCGUUCUUUCUCGCGCAAAGAAGGGGCUGCACCAAGCCGUGCAGCUGGCUGGAAGUGACGAAGAUUGGCUCAAGCUCGUCGUCGCGCGAGCAGGUGGCUGCCGAAACAAUAACUGGGGAAGAUUUGUGGAUGGAGCUGGUGCGCACCUUCGACCACUACUUCUACUUCACAGUGUGACGAGGAUCAGAUUGAUGUAACUAUGCGGUCGUGGAUUCCGUCGUGGGGGUCGGCCUCGGUUGGGCUUCAGGUGAUCUCCGCAACGUUGUGAACAGUACGACCAAGAACGUGAUGUUGGAUUUGCAACAAGUACAACAUGUCCUUCCUUUGCUACUAGAGGCUGCAACAUCUUCUGUGCGGCCCUAGGAAGUCGAAGUAGUAGGCAGCAGCGUCGCGGCCAAAAGAGCACGACUGCUAGAGGUCUAGUACUGUCGAAGCCAUCUUCAUCCCGUUCAGCUGCCUUGAUCAACAACAGCUUUGGACGUCGAGAAAUGAACGCGCUUGUUUCACACCGGGCCGCCAAUGUCGUGGUUCAUCCGACGCAAGUUGGUGUUGGUCCGACCUCGAACUGCUCGUCGUGGAGGUGGAGGUCCGAUUUGAAAAUAAAUACAACUUCUCCUGGCUUUAUGCAUUGCAAAAGUAUCGUACUCGUAUAAAUGCAGGUCUUGCAUUACAAAUUUCUUUGUCAAGGCAAAUCAGCAUUACAAAUUUUAUUUCUCAUGCUGAGAAAAUUUGUAAUGCAUUUAUACGAGUACGAUACUUUUGCAGUUCAUAGGCUUUAAUCAACGGCAACUCCGG